AUGAACAUUUUAAGAAUUUUAGUUAUCAAAGAAACUUAAUUUAUAGUAUUUUUAUUAUUCUAUAAAUUUCUAGCAAGCUUUAGCUCAGUUUUAUGUUUUUCGCUUUAACAAAGUGAAAUAAGCAUUGUUUAUUCUCCUUUUUAUCAGUAUAAAUAUGAUAUAACAGAUCCUUAAGGAGCUUCUACUAAGAUUAAAGUGGCUGAACAGGCAAAUUUGGUAUUUAUUUCUGCUGGUUACUAAGGAAUCAUAGUUAUAGAUGGAAAAACUAAUUAAAUAAUAUUUUAGUAGAAGGCAGAAGAGUUUCUCUUCACAUUAGAGAUCACCACUGACGGAGAGUAUGUCAUGAUGUCAUACUAAGCAAAAUUUAGUAUAUUUAAAUUUGUCAACAGGUCAUCUUUUAAGCUUAUGAGCUAGGCUAAUUUCCCAACCACAAUCAUUGACAUGUUUAUAAACUAAUAACAAACAAUAGUUUACGCUGUUGGAUUGAAUGGCUAACUUGUAGCUUAUGAUAUUUCAAAAAAGUAAUAGGUCUAGCAAAUAGGUUUUUAUAAUUCUUAAUCUAAUAUAAUUCACUAAGGAUCUAUUUCAAAAGAUGGAAACUGGAUUAUACUUGGCAACGAUCUACUUGGAUUAUAUGUUCUCUCUGUUAUUAACAAUUCUCAAGACAAUUCAUAGGAAUUUCUGUUGGUUGGGUAAGGAAUUAUGAUUUGGAAAACUUGGGCAGGUAUUCUAACUGAUGACAAUAAGUACUUAUACGGACUAGAUAAUUGGAACGGUAUAUUUAUCUGUGAUUUUAAUUAAAUUUUGUAAGCAACUCCUUCUCAAUAUCCUGUAACUAUUAAAUUUACUAGAUAUUGGCCUUUUAAUUCAAUUAAUCCUUCUGUAUAUUCUCUCAAAUUUACAAAAAACAACAAUUUUCUGUUAGUAGGAGUUCGUUCUUAAGGUGUUUAUAUAUUUGAUAUCAGCGAUAAAUUAAAUCCGGUUUUUUUCUAAGGAAUUUCAGUCGGCGCUCACUCUUUUUCAGUCGAACUUUCUCCUGAUGAGAAAUUUCUCUACUACGCAAACGCUGUUAGUAUCUAUGUUUUUUAAUAAAGGCCACCAAAUUUAAAUAAUAACUACCCUAAUUUAUUCAAUAACCAUCAAAUAACAAUAUAAUAGCCUUCACCUGCCUUCUAUAAAUGGAGAUGUUUCACUGAAACCAUACAAGGUAAAGAUUAUUUUUUUGGUUCAUUUGAUGCAGCUGGUUUUGGAAUAUUUGACAUCACUGAUCCAUACUAAAUGAAAAGCGUUUACUCAAAAGUAUAUUAAGCUUCUUCCUUAAUUGAUAGUAUGGCUAUCAGCUAAAAUAAUAGAUACCUCUAUGUACCUAUUUAAGAGAACAACACAUCCUUCCUUAUUUUAGACAUCUUAAAUAUUACCAAUCCAAUUGAGGUAGCUAGAUUAAAUAUGGAUAGCCCUAAUCAUAACGAGGCUAUUUUUUUCUCUAAAGACUAUAAAUACUUCGUUAGCUCCUAUGAUAAUGGUAUUUUACUGAUAGAUUCUUCUUAGCCACCAUAGCUAAAGUUACUAAGCUAUUGGAAGAUUUUAACUUACAUGACAGGAGAAAAUGCAGGAGUUAUGAUAACUAAUGAUAAUAAUUAUGUGAUUGGAGCUGUUAGAGGCUAUGGAAUAUAUGUCCUCGAUGCAUCUGUAAAAACUAAUUUAACUUUUAAAAGUACUUUGUAAACAUUAGGUGGAGAAGGUUUAGCACCAUCCCUUUAUAACGAUACAUUCGCAUUUUUAUAUGAUGGAUUUAAAGGUGUUGCGAUAUUAGAUUUAACUGCAUUACCAGCUAUUAAAAUUCUUAGCAGAAUAUAACCUUUAUAAGGCUGGGUUAAUUUUAUAUUACCUAUUUAAAAUGACUAAUAUUUACUAGUAGCUCAGCUUGAAGCAGGUAUGAUGACUCUUGUUGAUAUCUCUAAUAUCGCCAAUCCCAAAAUUCUUUCUUCUUAUCAAUAUUAAACAUAGUCAGCCUAAUCUAUCUGCUUGACACCGGAUUAGAAUUAUGUUUUCAUAAAUAAUAAUUUAGGAACAAUUUUAUUGCCUAUGAAAAGCUAGGUUAUUAUUCAUACAGAAAUUUAGCUGAUAUAAACAGCUGGUGAUGGUUCUUAAUCUCUAAUAAAUAUUCGAAAAGACUAAAGCUUGCUUGUUGGUUAAUCAGUUUAGUUAAACUUUGUUCCUAUUUAUCCUCUGGAAGGAAUGAGUAUACUUUCAGUAAGCUAUUAUUCUUAAUAAUAAAUAAAAAGUAUCCCAUUUUGGAUGAACUACGAUGCAAAUAAUAGAAAUCUAUUACUUUCUGUAGAUAAAACAGGACUUGAUACAAGUAAUAUAAAUGCACCAAACCUAAAUACUGUUUUAAUACUAAUUGCUGUGCCUCUCUUUCCUACUUCUUUUUAGUAUAACUAUCCUGACCUUUAGACAACACCAGAUUAAGGAUAACUAAUUUAUGACUACUUACAGGAAUAAAAGAUUAUUGACUCAAAUGGAUUAAUAACUCAAUUAUUUGAUCCUUAAGAACCACUUUAAUUCUAAUUUAAUGGAAUAUAAAGCACACAAAGACUAUUUGAUUUGGUUAAACUAACACUUCAAAGAGGUAGUUAUGUUAACCCUGUGUUAUUUUAUGUUUAAUCAUCGUUAUCAUUCAAUGUUAAAAAUUUAACAGCUCCUAUUUCAACACUUUCUUAAAGUAUUCAACUUUAUCUCUAAGUAUAAGAAAAUAUGGGGAAGUUUGUUUUGGAAAACUUCUCAGGAGUAAUAGCUUCUACCACAGACUCUUAAAACUAAUUAAAAUUCGAAGGUUCCUUAACUAAUCUUAACAGAGUUCUGUCUUAGAAAGUGAUUUUUGCAAACUAAACAGCAUUCGAUAAUAUUAAUGUCACUAUAACUUUAAUCGAUGGAGUUAAUUAUGAUAUAACUCAAGUGAAUAAAAUUAAAGACUGUGUUUUCAUUAAAUAAAAGUAACUAUUGAAAAAAAAUCCUUAAUUAACCCUCUAAGCAUAGUUUAAUAAGUAAUACGCUAACGCAAUUAUAGACAUUUAAAAUUAAUUUUCAGUAGACUUUUCUGCAUAAUCUUUUAUAAAUUCUGAAUUAAAUACAAUAACCUAUCAGAUUUACAUUCUAAAAGGCUAAGAAUAUAUUUAAAUAACACCUGAUGACUGGAUUUAGUUCUAGACUGUUUCUGGUUCGAUAACCGUAUAUGGAACUCCUCCAGUUUCAGCAUUUAAUCAAGUUUUUUAUCUUAAAAUAAAUGCUUCAGAUGGUUACACUUAUGAUUAUGACACUUUUUAUAUGAAUGCAGCUGGUUUACCUUUUAUUUACGUAUUUAAUCUCCUCAUCAAAAUAUUUGGUCCUAUAUUUGCUGUUUUUGGAGUUUAUAAAUACAAAAGCAUAAUAUUAAAUUCCAUUAAUAGAAAUAAAGUUAUGUUUUCUACUGAAAUAGCAAUCCGAGGCAAACCUUAUAAAAAAAAAAUUACAGUUCUUGGAGAUGAUUUGGAAAAAAGCAAGCUUUUCUUCUCAGAAUUUAUUCAAAGAUUUGCAAAUGACAGAGAGAGAUUUGCUGAAGAAAUGGAUAAUGUCAAGAAUAAGUUAGAUCGUUUUGGAAGCCAAUCUUAAAUUUAGUAAGAUAAUACUCCAUCUCAUUAGUUUUAAAUGUCAAAUAUACAAAUAUCACAAAAUUUCUAAAGUGAAUUGGUUAAAAAGAAAAUGAAAUAGAGUACACCUGAAUAACGAAGUAAAGAUAAACUAGCAGUAGAAUCUGAUAAAUUUAGCAAUUUUGCUUAAAUAAGACGUCUCAAAGUUAUAACAGAAAAGGCAAACUUAAAUGACUAAAAAUUAAAAAACACAAUUUAAAUUAUUUAAAUGACUCCAAAGCAUACUAGAUAAACCCCGCUUGAAAGAGAAUACCUAAAAAAGGAUGGUAAUGUUAGUAUGUCUCGAAUUUUAAGAGAUAUGGUUCAUAAAAACAUAUCUUUUACACUAAAAAGUAAAAAAUAUUAAGCAAAAAAUUUUAUAAAUGACUUUAAGAAUUGUGAAUCUAGAAUUUUCAAAGGAAUUAAGGCUAUUGCUUGUCGUCAUUUCUUAAAAUUAGAUGUAAGGUCUUAAGAAGUUUACAACUAUUUGAAAUACUAUGCAUAGAACUUUUUAAAUUAGUCAAAAAAUGAUUGGUAUAAAAGUUUGGUUAAUAUCGUUGCAACAGAAAAUAAGGAUAUUUAUGGGUUCCCAGUACCUUUUGCUGAAUGUUGUUUAAAUGAACCACAAAUAAAUCUUAUAUUAAUUGAUUUAUAACUCAAUAAUUGUAUUGGGUAAUCAUUUGAAUCUAUUAGUAAGCUAGACAUAAACCAUAACUUAAUUAGAGAGGUGUUAUUUGCUGAUGCCUUGGGAUUAGUUGAAUAAACUCCAUCAAUUUUUUCACCUUGUGUAGGAGAGUCAAUACAUUUAUUUUCUUAUGAAAUCAACUCUGUAGAGGCAUUUAAAUAAAUCAAAAAUGCUUGGUGUAUGAAUCUUAGAAAGAUAUUUAACUUUGAAUAUAUGGGGUAUGGUAUGUCAAAAAAUAUGACACUGCCAAAUUGGAUCACUUUUGAUCAUAAAAAUGGUGUCAUAACUCUUUAAGGGGUACCUCAGUCUUAAGAUGUUGAAGAUCUGCUAAUCAGAAUCAUUGAUAUAGAUUUGUAUGUCAUUAAAUAAUAUCACUUUAAUGUAGUAGAUGAAUAUUUUGAUGCAGUAAACGAUGCAGAUGCAAUAUAAGGAGAUAGCAUCCUUGCAGAUGAUUAAUCUCUUUAAAUGAGUUUCGUUGCUAAUUCCAAAAUAAACACCAAAGUUAGUAAUAUACAUGGAUCGCCUAUCGUUAAGCCUUUGUCUUUUGAAAGUUAAAGUUCAAUAUAAUUUAAACAAAAAAUAUAAGAAGAAUAGUCUAAUUUUUCCAUUUUUAAGAAGAAAACAGGAAAUUUACAUGAAUCCAAUGAGGUAAUUAAUAAAAGCGAGAUACUUUCAAUACCAAAAUAAGGUAAAUUACAAAAAGAUGGUAAAUCAUCUACAUUAGUAUUUGAUAAAAUAGAAUCUGUAUAAAUAGUAGAUAUUUCAAAAUAAGAUUAAACAUAAGAAUUAGUUUAUCAGGACUCAAGCUCAACAAGAGAAAAUAAUUAGAUAAAUUAAUAAUAAGAUACUACAAAAAGAGAUUUUGAAACUGACAGGUAGUUUAUUUAAGAUGCAGUUAAAUCAAAUGACAAUUACACAAAACAUGAAAGCAAUCUAAUAAAUUAAUAAGAUCAAAAAUAUAUGUCAAACGAAGAUAAUAGUUUUAUAUCAAAAUAAAAAGAAAAUAUUAUAUAUGAAGAAGAAGAACAAAAUAAGAGUCAAAUAGGUAAUAGUGUUUCUGCUCUUAAUCCUCAACAAUUUAAACUAAAUAAUCACUCAUAUUUUACUUAUAGUUGA